AAUGCGUGGAAAAUAAAACGGUACAGCGAAUAUAAAGUAAACGCGCGUAAAAUUUUUUUUUUAAGUUUUUAAAGGAAAUUAUAUACAUAAAUUGCCAAAAUAUGUUAAUACCGAGAUUUCUAAUAAUACCGCUAACAAUUGUGUUUUGUGUUCAAAUCAGUCUGCUCACGCCCGUAAAAGCAGUACCGAUUUCCGAACACGAGGAAGCUUCUCGAAGACUUUACAAAGCGCACGGAUUUUGUGUUGAAAACAGCUCUACGCCCACGUCAAUGGACAAGGAGUACCAGAGUGCCGAACGAAAAGCCGCCGCCUACAUACGCUGCAUAGCUAGUAACAUGGGUUUAUGGACCGAUGGCAGUGGCUACCAAGCCAAGCGCGUAGCGAAAUUCUUCAUUAAAGAGCACAAUGGGAACGAAGUGAUGACCGUAGUGGACUACUGUAAUCAAAAACAUCAGCAAACAGAUUUGGAUUUAUGGGCUUACGAGGCGUAUCGUUGUGCGACAGCAGGACAAAUGGGCAUUUGGCUGCGAGAGUACGUAGUGAGUGCGAAAUUAUGAGAGAAACCAAAUUUAUGUUCGUAUAUGGUAUACAUAUGUACAUAUAUAUUUGCUGAUAUUACAUGUUUACAUACAUACUUUCAUGUAUUAUAGAUUUUCUUACGAUUAAAAUCAUAUUUA